ACUCCGAAGCUGCAUUCUUUUAGUCUCUGCUCCAACAAUCAGCGGAUUUCACUUAUUCCUAAGCUUCAGAGCCUUACGGUCAAUCUGUGAAUGCGUGAGCUGCCGCCGAUUUACCCGCCCAACUGUCUUAUUUUGUUUGGUGGUCACAAUUUUUCUCUGUGGAGCUGAGUCUGCACUGUCUAUAUAUGGAGUGAUUUUAGCGGACCAAGGGCCGUAAGUUUUUUUUUUGCUUUACUCAUCGUGAUGAUCUCAUACUACAGUUCCCGUCCCCCCGCCGUCAGUUCACACAAUCAACGACGAAAUCGUAUAAUGGCGAUAGCCAUGUUCACAGACACCGUCUGCCUGCUCAUAAGUUUCGCCACCACUCUCUUCCUCCUCUGGCAUGUAGAACAACGGCGAAUUAUUAGCAGAGGGCUGCGACAACCAUCUUCUGAUGAUAUGUUGAAGCAAACAUUAUUCAAAUGGAGGCAGCGUUGUAUUCUUGUUUUCCUCCUCGUUCUCCCGGUACAACUCUCAAGAGGAUUUCUCCUCCUCUUUUGGGUGAGACAUCAUCUGACAAGAGCUCGCGGACCGGCUUAUUUCCAUCCUUUACCACUAGCCCAAUCCACUUGUCAUGGAUUUGAUGUCGGCUUUGUCAGGACCGGUUAGUAUUCCUUUAUGUUCGACAUUAAUACACGCGGAAACAUGAUGUUGCCUAUGCAGGUACAUUAUUUAUCAUUUCUAAUAUUGGUCCUCCGCAUUACACCACGGGGCAGUCCCGACGAG